UCGGUUGUUUAGUGCAUGUGUAUGCUUUUUAAGCAUCAAUCCUUCGGAGCUUCUUGACAUGCCGAUCACACGUUUGGCUGAAAGUGGUGCCCUAAGCGCGUUGGUUUGGAUUGGCAUUCUGUGUGGAGUCAUUCUGACCCAAGAUGACGUUGGUCCAACACUUUCUUCUUCCCCAGUGGUUCAAGCUGAAACUCCUAAAGAAAGCUAUGGACAGACUGCUUCCAUAGCGCUGGACCUUCUGCACUCAGUCAUGGCCCAUAAAGAUCUCAUAAAAGCUCACAAAAGUUUGGAGGUGCCUACAGAGCUGCGUCCUGUAGAUGAGCCGAACCUUAAUUUAGGAACACCAGCUCCUGAACAGCAGCAGGUCUUGAAAAAAAUGUUAGAACUUACUGAAGUUCCACAUACAACUCAGUCCCCAUUUCAAAACCCAUCACUUAUAACUGAAAGUCCUACUAAAGCAGCAGAAGCUUCUAGUAUAAAUAUAUCCCAAAGCCAUUUAUCCAUUGCAUCAACUGUGGAAAAUGUGGCUGAGCCAUUUGACCUUCCCCUGGCUGCAUCAAGCUGUAAGAUCAAUUUCUCAGACCCUGAGGGUUACAUUGAUUCAUUGGAUGAUCCACCUCUUCCAGACGGCAUGUUUCUGCAAUGUACAUACACUGUCAAUGUGUACAACGGCUAUGGAGUGGAACUACAGGUCAAAAGUGUCAACCUAUCAGAAGGUGAGCAGCUGUCAAUCAGAGGACUUGAUGAAGAGGGAGAAUUGCUGGUGCUUGCCAAUCAGACCCUACUAGUGGAAGGCCAAGUGAUCCGCAGCCCAAGCAACACUAUAUCAGUAUUCUACCGUUCUUCACCUUUGGGUGGCAUGGGAACAUUUCAGCUUCAUUACCAGUUGUUUCCUCUAAGCUGUGCUCUGCCUCGGCGGCCCCACUUUGGAGAGGUAUCAGUGUUGAGUCUGUGCCCAGGUGGCACUGGACAUUUCUCCUGCCACAUGGGAUACCAUCUGCAGGGGGUAGCUAUAAUCACUUGUCUUAAUGCCUCUCGUCCCAUCUGGAGCCAGCAAGAACCAAGCUGCAGAGCUCUGUGUGGAAGUACAGUAAAAAAUGCUACAGUAGGCCGAGUGCUUUCCCCAUCACCUCACUUGGGGGCUAACAGCACCCUUGACCGCAGCUGUUCCUGGUCCUUGGAGGCUCCUACUGGUCAAAGACUACACCUCAAUAUAGAGAGAAUGGCUCUAGGACCAACAGACAGACUUGUUUUGUGGAGUGGUCUGGAUGCUGGCUCUGUGGUGCUAUUUGACUCCGGUCGAGGAACACCAAUCCCAUUUGAGGGAGUUAUCAGCGAGGGCCCAGCUGUCAGAGUUCAGUUUAUAACAGACCAGCCAAACUACCACAACACUGAUUUUAACAUCCGCUAUGAGGCAUUUGAGAAAGGCCACUGCUAUGAGCCCCAUAUCCAGAAUGGGAACUUAAGUACCACAGACUUGACCUAUGCUGUAGGGACCAUAGUGCAGUUCUCCUGUGAUCCUGGCCAUUCUCUAGAGCAAGGACCUCCGGUCAUUGAAUGCAUCAACACACGAGAUCCCUACUGGAAUGACACAGAGCCCCUGUGUAAAGCUUUGUGUGGGGGAGAUCUGUCUGGACCAAGUGGCUUGAUACUUUCCCCAAACUGGCCUGAAUGGUACGGUGAGGGCGAGGACUGCAGUUGGAGGAUUCAUGUCGGCAAGGAAAAACGUGUCCUUCUUGAUGUACAGCUUCUUAACAUCAGUGACAGUGAUGUGCUAACCAUUCUGGAUGGUGAUGAGGUCACCACACGCAUUCUGGGCCAAUAUGUGGGCGGCAACAGCCCAUUCAAACUGUCUUCCUCUACACCUGACCUCACCAUUACAUUCCAUUCUGAUCCAGCUGGCCAGGUCUUUGGCAAGGGAGAGGGCUUCAUCAUCACAUUCAUGGAGGUUUCUCGCAAUGAUUCAUGCUCGGACCUGCCUGAGAUUCAGAAUGGCUGGAAGACAACAUCGCACACAGCAUUAGUGCGUGGGACACGCAUCACCUAUCAGUGUGAUCCAGGAUAUGACCUGGUUGGCAGGGAGACCCUCAUCUGUCUGCUGGACCUAAGCUGGAACACCCAGCCGCCCUUCUGUGAGAAGGUUAUGUACUGUACAGACCCUGGCCAUGUUGAGCACUCUGUUCGGACACUCUCAGACCCAAAAUUGCUAGUGGGAACCACUAUACAGUACAGCUGCAAUCCAGGAUACAUCUUGCAGGGCGGUGCCACUUUGACCUGCUAUGGUCGCGAACCUGGAACCCCAGUAUGGACUUCACGCUUGCCACGCUGUGUCUUGGAAGAGACAGUCUCCUGCGAGAAUCCCGGCCUUCCAGACAAUGGCUAUCAGAUCCUUUCAAAGCGAUUAUAUUUGCCUGGCGAAUCACUCACAUUCAUGUGCUUUCAGGGCUAUGAGCUCAUCGGUGAGAUCACCAUCAAGUGCAUUUCAGGAAAUCCUUCCUUUUGGAGCGGACCAUUACCACUUUGUCAAGCCAAUCAUGAAUGCACAAGCAACCAUGCUUUAGAAGUGGUAGAGGCUACAAAUCUGGAUGGGGGAAGAAGCAUGGCUCUUGCCAUAUUCUUUAUAGUCUUACUACUGUCCUUCUUGCUUGGAGGCGCCUAUAUCUAUGUCACAAGGUGUCGAUAUCACUCAAACUUGCGCCUGCCACUUAUGUACCCUCACCCAUACAGCCAAAUCACGGUGGAGGCUGAGUUUGACAAUCCCAUAUAUGAAACAGGAGGGGACACAAGAGAAUAUGAGGUGUCAAUAUGAAGAAUUGUUGCAGCGAAAUGCGGGCAAGCGAUGUAAAUAAUUCCUGACAAUACCACUGCGGCCCUACCUCCCCAACCUUCAAAAUCUCUAAAAUCUGCAGGAUGAAUUGCAGUGAAAUCAGGGUAUACAGAGAGAUGAAAUUGGUAAAGGGGUGGCCAGAAGGAUGUCAGGGUUGAAAGAGACUGGUUUGAACAUUAUGCACUUAUGGCAGGAAGUUCUUCUUGUUUAAAAUGUUUGUGUGUGUGUGUGUGUGUGUGUAUGAUGGAAUGCCAGCAGAAAAAUAUUUUUGAAAGAUGUACACUGUUAGCAAAUCUUAGUAAUGUGACAUAGUGACAAACUCAAUACUGUAACAAAGGACGCUUUGUUUUCUUGUGUGUGUGUGUGUGUGUGUGUUUGUGUGCAUAUGUGUGCCGGGGAGGGGGCGGGUGAUGACUUCCUGCCUGCUAGCAUAUGCCUAAAGUAGUAUUUUUCUUUUGCAAGUCAUGUUAUAUUUGAGCAGAGAACAGAUUAUUUAUUUAUUGGAUGUAUAUAAAAGAUUUUUGCUUAUUAAUGUAUAUUUGCUUUUAAAAAAUUAUUUCCCAGAAAAGUCCUGAAAUUGUUAAAAUAAAAAAGAAUUUAACAGCAUCCUUUAUUAAUAAAAAAAAACAUCUCUUUGUUUGUCACUUA